UUUGUAUCCUGUGGAAAGUAAACUGACAAUUCAGGAAACUCAGCUGGGUGACUCAGCUAAUCUAACCUGCAGAGCUUUCUUUGGGUACAGUGGAGAUGUUAGUCCCUUAAUUUACUGGAUGAAGGGAGAGAAGUUUAUUGAAGAUCUGGAUGAAAAUCGAGUUUGGGAAAGUGAUAUUAGAAUUCUUAAAGAACAUCUUGGGGAAAAGGAAGUUUCUAUCUCAUUAAUUGUGAACUCCGUGGAAGAAGGUGACUUGGGAAAUUAUUCCUGCUAUGUUGAAAAUGGAAAUGGACGUCGACAUGCCAGUGUUCUCCUUCAUAAACGGGAACUAAUGUACACCGUUGAACUUGCUGGAGGGCUUGGUGCUAUUCUUUUACUGCUUGUUUGUUUGGUGACCAUCUAUAAGUGUUACAAGAUAGAAAUCAUGCUCUUCUACAGGAAUCAUUUUGGAGCUGAAGAGCUGGAUGGAGACAAUAAAGAUUACGAUGCCUACUUGUCCUACACCAAAGUGGAUCCUGACCAGUGGAAUCAAGAGACUGGAGAAGAAGAACGUUUUGCCCUUGAAAUUCUCCCUGAUAUGCUUGAAAAGCAUUACGGAUACAAAUUGUUUAUACCAGAUAGAGAUUUAAUCCCAACUGGAACGUAUAUUGAAGAUGUGGCAAGAUGCGUAGAUCAAAGCAAGCGGCUGAUUAUUGUCAUGACUCCAAAUUAUGUGGUCAGAAGAGGCUGGAGUAUCUUUGAACUGGAAACCAGACUUCGAAACAUGCUUGUUACUGGAGAAAUUAAAGUGAUCUUAAUCGAAUGCAGUGAACUCCGAGGCAUUAUGAACUACCAGGAGGUCGAGGCCCUCAAGCACACCAUCAAGCUCCUGACGGUUAUUAAAUGGCAUGGGCCAAAAUGCAACAAGUUGAACUCUAAAUUCUGGAAACGUUUACAGUAUGAAAUGCCUUUUAAGAGGAUAGAACCCAUUACACAUGAGCAGGCUUUAGAUGUCAGCGAGCAGGGGCCUUUUGGGGAGCUGCAGACUGUCUCAGCCAUUUCCAUGGCUGCGGCAACCUCCACAGCUCUAGCCACUGCCCAUCCAGAUCUCCGCUCUACCUUUCACAACACGUACCAUUCACAAAUGCGUCAGAAACACUACUACCGAAGCUAUGAGUACGACGUACCUCCUACCGGCACCCUGCCUCUUACCUCCAUAGGAAAUCAGCAUACCUACUGUAACAUCCCUAUGACACUCAUCAACGGGCAGCGGCCACAGACAAAAUCAAGCAGAGAGCAGAAUCCGGACGAGGCCCACACAAACAGUGCCAUCCUGCCGCUGUUGCCAAGGGAGACCAGUAUAUCCAGUGUGAUAUGGUGACAGAAAAGCAAGGGACAUCCCGUCCCCAGGGAGUUUAAGUGAAAUCUGCAGUCCAGUGCCUGGAACUAAAUCCUCGACUGCUGCUGUUAAAAACAUGCAUUACAAUCUCUAGAACACGAGGAAAAACAGGGUCUUGUACAUAUGUUUUUUGGAAUUUCUUUGUAGCAUCAGUGUCUUCCUGUUUUACCAUGUCUCUUACCAUUACAUUUUUUUGACUUUGUUUUAUAUGUCAUUGGAAUUUGUAAACUUACUUUUUUUUAAAGAAGAGACUUAAUGUGUAGAUAGAAAACCCUUUUUUUGCUUCAUUAGUUUAGUUUUGGAAUGAGUUUUUAUUUCCUUUUUUUAAAAAUGUUAUUUCGCUUUUAACAUUUCCUUGGGGUGCUUGGACAAACCUAUCCGAUGGGACAAGAAGCACCGGAUCCUCUCUCGGGCUCUGCCUAUGAUCUGCUGGGCCAUGUCGGCCUUCAGAAAGCAGUGCAACGACCGCCAGCAUUGCCAUUUGAGAAACAAGAGCAUGAGAGAGAAAGAGAGCGAGAGCGAAAGACAGAGAGAAAGAAGAACACUUGUUUAUAGGAGGGCCCCGCCAGUCAGAGCUCUGAAUCUCUUCCUUGUCCCGCCUCAUUCCCCACCUCUACCCUUCUAAUGGCAGCAUGAUGUGUAAACUCUGCAGAGGGGUGGGGGUGGGUCUAACUGUCUUAACGUUUAAUUCACUGCUCUUCAGAAUACACUCUAGACCCAAAGGUGUGUUAGUCACUUGACAGUAACUACUAAAGAGUGCUAAGCAAAGAAGAUCAAGGUCAUGAAAAUUGGGUAGAGUGCUAUUUCCGUUUUUCAAAUGAGUUGAUGUACCCUUAUAUAUAUAUAUAUAUAAAUAUAAAUAUAUAUAAAGCAACAAAACAAAACAAACAAACAAAAAAAAACAAAAAAAGAGAAAAAAAAACAAAAAAAAAUCAAGCCCUAUAUUUGAUCACUUCCUGGAAAGGCAUGAAUGUGUUUGUGGCUGUUUUUGUUUAAUAUUCUACUUCCUCUUUUCCCUCUAUAAUUUUUCUGCAAAUGAGAUUAUGUGCAAAUGCCAGGCAAGUUAACUCAAAAGGGUGAAUCAAGGCAAGUCAAAUGAAAUUUUCAUGGACGGCUUCCGAAGCAAAGGGAAGAAUAGGAUGUGUCAUCAAAUGUAUUUUGUCACCUUGUAUUAUAUGAAAUGUUAUUUUCUAAAGAGUCGGAGAAAAUCUGUGAAACUUAUUGUGGAGUCCCCUUGUAUUAAGUGUUAACUCGCUUGUAUUUACUUUUUAAGGCUACAUUCAGAAUUAGGUGUUUUGUUCAGUCUGUGCACAUAAGCAACACUUACUAAUAUCAAAGUGUUUAAAUAAGAACUCAGGAGGUCAAACAUAUGAAUACAAACAGAGAUCAGUAUUUUCAAAGUAAAUAUUAGUUGCACAAAAUAGUUUUUAAAUUAGAUCAGAAAGCAUUUAAAAUAGUUAAUUUUACUGUAUAAAGAAUUAAUUUUUUAACUAUAUGAUUCUAUGUUUCAGAAACAGAAAGCUGAUGCUCCCAGGAAAUCCAUCACUUACCAUUUAGCUUUACGUUUGAAAGCAAUGACAUAAGCAGCUAAUUCAUAUUCAUGUUAAGGGAGAUACAAAGUCAAUAACAAAGGAACCUGCGGAGGGCAGAGUUGUUUAAAGGAAAUAUUACCUAUGUAGCUCUUAGUUAAAAAAAUAAUACGACGAAAACACUGAUAAUAGAACUUAUUCGUUACUUUAAUGAUUCAUCAUAAGAACUUUCAUCACAGUUAUCCUGUGGGUUCGUGUAGUGACUAUUGAAUGUUUGCUUUAUUCUUACUACCAUAUAACGAGAAAAUAAUUCUACAGUUUUGGUCCAGUGCUAAGGUGUGUGUUGGCCACAGAAAGAAAAGGUAUAAACUGCAAAAGAGUUAAUUAAGGGGAUAAGACAGAACUGCAUUAUCUGAGAGAUGAGUACAAGCAUUUUGUUACAAUGAAAAGCUUUCAGUAUCUGUGCGACAAGGUAAAGGAGCCUUAGGAUGUACGUUAAUUUUUAUUUGCUUAAAAAUGUUUACUUCCCUGACAACUUGCCUGGGUCUUUCUCUACAAUCUGUCUUUAUUCCUGUGCUCCCCUUGGAUCUGUGUCAUAUUUUCACAAACCAGAAGUGAAGCUGCGAGGAUGUGCGAAACUUUAAGGUCAGCUUUGCACAGUGGGUUAUUUUUAAAAUCCAAGAAGGCCAUUGUUUACAUUGUACUAUGGACACCUGUCAGGGACUGGCGGCAGUGAACCUCUUUGGACUGGAUACCAAACUCCCCCAGUACUCAGAAAAGUGUAAAUGUACCAAUGGCCUGGUCUAUUUCUUUGGGUUUUAUUUUCUUAUUUUUCAUUUCUUAAGUGCACGAUGGAAGUGUGGAAUAAAUGUAGAGGAAGUAAUCAGACCACAGUCAUAUUUUAGGCAUCCAUAGGUGUUAAUUUAGCUGCAUUGGGAGUACAUUUUCUGUUCUAUUUUUAGUGUAGAUUUAAGCACUUUGAAUAGCAUGAUUCAGGGAUUGAUGGGUAAUAUUUGAUAUUCUCACAAUUUAAGAAACUUUUUUUCCUCUAAUGUUUUGUCAUAUUUUAAAAAUGAAUUAAAUACAAAAGAAGCUAUCUAUGGCUUUAGGAACAUUCCUCCCAAGUAUUCCUCUAUCAGCUCCAUAUGAGAACAAACAAAGGAAAAUGUCCUGUGUUCACGUGCUCUAUGUUUAACAAAAGUUCUGUUAGAACUCACAAUAAAAUGAGAACAAAUGUAUUUCCCCUAGUGUUUAGGUUUCAUCCUUCUCUUUUUUUUUCCUGGUGGGGUUCUGGGGAUAAAAAUAUUCUAGUUUGUAAAAACACAGUUGAUAAUGUGAAUAUGUUAGCCAAGCUGGGGGAGAGAAUGGACUUCCAGACUUGGACAUGUAUGAUGUUUGGUAUUGCCUGUUUUUCAUCAAUCGCCGCUUGGGCUCUGAAUGAUACAUUAUGGAUUCAAAAGUCCACUCAGUUAUUUAGUAUAAUUUCAACUUGCUGCUUCUGAGCGUCCUACACUUUAUUCUGGUGCUCAAAUAUUUUGAUUAUUUAAUACGAAUUAAAAUUUAAUCCCUUAGGUCUUCUAUGAGCAGAGAAGAUAUUUGUAUCUUGUAUAGCCAACUGACUUAAGUUUAGAUGAAUUCUAAACUCAUGAAAUAAAUCCAAAACAUGAACUAGAGACCUGAACCUUCUAUAUUUCUAAGCUAAGCACCUGAUUGUUGAAACAGUCAGUCAUUUUGUGAUUAUUUUCUUCAUAGUAUAUGUAUUUGGGCCCUCUUGACUUAAUAGUAAAAAUAUAGAUGCUGGUUUCUUCAAUGUUUCAUUAUUAUUAAGCAUUUUAUAACAAGAGCAAAUAUUAACUGAGAGCCAACACCUAAACUCUAGGUAAGUUUUGUUUAUCCUAGAAUAGUCUUUAACUGUUCAGAUACCAUGUAUGUAAAUUAAGAUCACCAUUUCUAGGAAAACACUCAUUCGUAUAUUUGUGAAGUAUUUUCUGAUUCUGGAAUGAUACACUAAUUCUCCUUUUUGAUGGAGUAUUUUUAAACUUAUACUUAUUUUUUCUCAUUUAAAAUUAGCUUUCAUUGACAUCAUUAGUCCCAGAAGAAAGGUUAUUAAAAUUCAAGGAUAGAGUCGACCUCUUCCUAGUGAUGUGUCAGAGGGGAAGUAAAUAUACAGAGAUGGAAGAAGAAAAUCCCUGUCUCUGAUCUGAACUUGAUUUGUCAUCAACCCCAUUUUUAUAUAGUUAAUUAACAGAAGUAAAGUAUUAUUAAAUAAGCUAGAAAUGCUACCUACAGAUCCAUGUUCACUCUAACGGACAAAUUUUCUGACAGUACAUACAGUUAUGACAAAGAAAUGCUAAUACAACUGGGCUCCUGAAAAGGAAAUUGUCAGUGGAAGCAGAGGCUAUUCCUCACCUUGUCAUGAAUCUUUCCCAUUGAUUGCUCAGAACAAAGUAAUUAAUUAACAGUCAAAUCUACAAACAGAAUUAAGGAAAAUAAGUAUUUGAAAUUCCAAAAAAAUCAUAAUGUGUAAAAUCCCGUUUUCCUGGGUAUAAGCCACAGGAUACUCAUUAUCCAAAAGGCUAUUGAUGCUUGAGUUUAAAAGAUAUUAUCAUAAACUGAUGUUCACAUAAUCCAUAUAUCUCACAGGUAUUGUUGUGUCUCACAUCUUGCUUUCAUUCAUGAAAGUUCAGCGGGGUGAUUAUUAUUCUUUUCCUAUAAGCAAUUACUCUUCCAAAUGGCCUAACUCUGCAGAGAUCUAUUGUAUACUGAAGAAAAGCUUCAUAUGAGAACAAAUCAUUUAUGCUCUGAUAAAUGAGAAUUGCUGGUUAUUAUUGGAAUAAUUUACUCAUGUUUAACCCAUUCCAAACAAAAUGUAGAGGGAAAGCAAAAUCAAGCAAUUUUUCUAUGAUGUUUUAUUUCAUUAAACUUCUUUAGGAUUUAUGUUUAAUCAUGUUUCCUACCACAAAAAACUAAGAAAUAACACAGUAUAGCAAGAGAAGAAACAACCAUUUAAUGUGAUUUUCCAAAAAAGAUCUGCUUUUCUUACACAAAGGCUUAGAAUCCAUUAUAUGUUUGACUUUCAGCAGUUAAGUUUCUGCAGUUUCCUAAAAUAGGAUAAGGCUUUUGAACAGUGUAGAGAAUUCUGAGAAUGAGCUAAAGUGAGGUUGUGAUUAUUUAAACUUUUAGCCACUACUUGUGAUUGCUAGCAAAGUAAAAAUUUAUGUUAUGUUCAGAAAUUGAGAUCCUGUCAUAAGGAGCUGUGAAAUUUAACUAAAUUUGAAUAAAGAGGAUGAUGAUGAUGAGAGUUAAUCAUAAUCCAAAUUCUAUGUGCCUUAUCAUCAAAGCUCAGUAAUAUCCAUAGAAAAUUGCCAAAAUAAAAAGGAGGAAGUCAGCUCCAAUCUUCCAAGAGUGUCAUUUCUCGAUUCCAGACUGAGAACACAAAACACUUCUCCAUCUCCUCAGAAGUAAAUAUUCCUUCAUAUAGCCUCUGGGUUCACUGACAAACUCAUGUUUUUCAAUUCUUCACUGAAGUAAGUAAAAUCCUCUUUUUCCCUACCAUUUACUACCUCUAUUGAUGUAUCACCUAUGGUACAUAAUUCUGAAAAAUAUUAUCUUCCUCACAGAAGCAAUCACCCUAAAAUCAUUACAUUAUGUUACUUCCACUACUAAAUGAGCAGAAUCUGAAACGCUGCACAUGAACUUCAGACUACUACAUGUAAUAAUCAAUGUUGUGUAAAUUGCGACCUUCAUAUUCCAUAUGACAUUAAGUUUCAAAGGGCAUGCUGUGUCAUUAAAAAAAGAUUUAACGUGAAAUGACAUUACAUAGUGCAUGAAUAUGUGGCAAAGUAAUUUGGAUCUAUCUUUCCUAGUCAAUGAGCAAUUAAAUUUGGGGUGAUCAGAUGUGUUUUAGCUUAAUUCUCAACUGGGAAGAAGACACCGUAAUGUUAGGAUACAUGGGCAGUUGUCUGUAUUCCUUGAAGUAUAUGCUCCUGUUAACUAGACUCCGUAGUGUAUUUUUUCCACCAAAGUAGUGGAGGUAUGUUCAUAUAAUCUGCUAUUGAAAUACAAAAUCUUUUACAUCUUCAUAUUUUGAAGGAACCCAAACAGGAAAGUGGAUUUAGUCAUUUUCCUCUGCUGGUGUUCAAGUCAUAUUUUAAACUCAAGACACUAUCAGAUCUCUUCAACAUUCAGUAAAAAAGUGCAUUUUCCAUAGUGUUUCCCUUUAGUUCUGCUUAUCUUCUUUUGAUUUUGUACAAUCUAGAAUGUAUGUAACUCAUGCGUAGGUGAUGGAGGUACUCCUUUUUUCUUAUAAUACUUACAAUUAUAUAUUUGGUUUUGCUUUGACUAGCGAUAGGAAAAUAGACAAAUACAAGUGUAAAAAUGAGAAAUUUUAAACUCGAAUUAUAAUUUGUGUUUUAUAGUUGUUUCAUAAGUCUGUUGCUCUCUAUGAGUAUGCUCUCUAUAUAUCCUGUAAAAAUAAAUUUAUAUGUUACAUAGAAAUUCAAGAAAUUAAAUUAUUUAUUAAGCUACAAAUGUUUCUUCUGAUUUCUACCUGAUCAUAGAUGAAAAUAAAUUAAAUACUGUGUUGUUGGAA